GGCUUGGGUCAAUGAGUUCACAUCAUGGAACCCAGAUGACUUCUGUGGAGUCACUUUUUGUGCAGUUAAAAAGGACAUGGUUUGGAUUCCAGACAUCAGCAUCACUGAAAGCAUCAAGACUGAGUUCGCAACAGUGGAGAAUCAGUAUGUCCAGCUGAUGAAUGGAGGCAUUGUUGUGACGACUAACACUUUUGCUGUGACCACGGCCUGCAAGAUGAACGUGCACCAGUUUCCCUUCGAUGUCCAAAGCUGCACUUUUACCCUUCAGUCUCCGAUCCAUUCAAACAACGAGCUCGUAAUCAACCCCAUCUCUGAUUCUUCAUUCCUGACCCUCAGCUCCAAGAAAGCCUUUCAGACUCAAGGAGAAUGGGAACUCCUUAGUAUAAAUACAUCUAAAGCCAAUGUCACUACUCUAGCACGGCCACAGGAUCAGCUGAUAUAUAAGAUCACCAUGAAGAGGAGACCACUGCUGUAUGUCAUUAACUUCCUAAUGCCAGUACUUUACUUUCUUAUUCUGGAUUUGGCCUCCUUCUUCAUCGAUUCAACUGGAGGAGAGAAGCUGGGUUUUAAAGUAACUCUGCUUCUGGCUAUUUCUGUGUUACUGCUGCUUCUCCAAGACAUGCUGCCCUCUACUGCCAAUGAUAUUCCCCUGAUUGGGGUUUAUUGCGUGGUCAUCUUCACUCUGAUGGGCAUUAGUGUUCUGGAGACCGUUCUUGUGAAUUUUCUGAUUGCUAAAGGAAAUCGGACCAUUUCAGUUAAACCAAUGGGAAUCUCACCUUCUCUUCCUGAUGCUGUAAAGGACGCUAAGAGCCCUCCAGACUCAGAAACAGACAGGCAUGAAGAGCGGCUGCAUGCUCUUGAUCUUCUGAAGGCUGCAGCUGCUCAUCAAAACCAACAAGAGAGGAAAUGCCUGAGCUGGACCAGAGUGGCAACAGUAGUAGAUGUGAUCUUUAACUUUCUGUAUGUAACCACAGUUAUUGUGUUUCUGAUAAAGCUCUUUAAAGCUUGGUUCCCAUGAGUGAAUGUCCCUUUUAAAGGCAAGCCCUGUACAAGAGAUGGAAAUACUUCUUCUGCAUGACUCAACAGAUCAGCCAGAGGUGGUUUUCCGUUGUAGUUUAUGCACAUUAAACUGAA